UUGUUUUUGUGACGGCGUAUCCCGGCGGUGUAACCGGAGAGGCGCCUCCUGCUCCUCCUCCUCCUCCUUUUCGCCUCCUCCUCCUGCUCGCAGAGGGAAUGCGGGAGCUGCAAUGGAGCACAAUGAAAUCCAGUGGUCGGGUGCUCCCUCCUGUCAGCGUGGCACCUUCUCCUUCUACAAAUCAGUGAGCAGCAGAUCUGGAACCGAUGGGCCACUGAAGGUGUGGAGGCUCGGAGAGUUCUACUUCAUCCGCUGUGGACCGCAGGAUCCUGUGUGCGUCGCUGAGGUGACAUUACUAUGGGAGGACCAGACACAGCGCCACCUUCUGGCCAGUGCCAGACUCUACUUUUUACCUGAAGAUACACCAAGGGGGCGGACCAGGGAACAUGGAGAGGAUGAGGUUCUGGCAGUGUCCAGGAAGAUGGUGGUGAGGGUGGAGGACCUGGUGAAGUGGUCUUGUCUGAAGCCCAGCAGUUGGAUCAGAAGCCAGAAGCAGCUGCCUUUGUCGUGUGAAACCAACAGUGUCCACAAACCUCCACAGAACACUGACACAGACGGCAGCAACAACAACAACAACAACAACAACAACAACGUCUCGACUGAGAAUGACUCUCCGGUCCAACAAAACGUCAAAGUUCUCAGUUACCCACAGUACUGUCGGUUCCGCUCCCUGCAGAGGCGUGUCCAGGAUGCGGCGAGGGGUCCUGGGCUGCAGGACCCUCAUCUACUGGCUCUGGGUGGAGUCAAGGCCCUGCCCAACACUAGGCUGCUGUACUGCAGGGACACGUUCAACCACCCGACCCUGGAGAGCAGCACCGUCUUCUCCUGGCAGUUCAGAAGUCCAUCUCUAAGUCUCCGGGGUCGACCUCGGAAGAGACGAGGUCACGACGGCAAAGACUCGCCGACAUUCAGCCAAUCAGAGUCCUGGAUCGAGAAAAUGAAGGAGAACGUGAUGGGCAGCGUGGAGCUGGGCGGUGAGAACAGCUGGCUUCCUCAUCCUGAAGAGCAGCUGUUCUUGGACCAGCUCUACACCUUCAUGGACCAGCAGGGGUCGCCCAUCAUCAAAGUUCCAAACCUGGGAUUCAAGAAGAUCGACCUCUUCCUCAUGUUCUCGGUGGUCAGGAGGCUGGGGGGGUACAAGAAGGUAACGACGGAGCGUCUGUGGAAGUGUGUGUACAACGAGCUGGGAGGAUGUCCAGGAAGUACCAGUGCUGCCACCUGUACCAGGAAACACUAUGAGAGGCUGAUCCUUCCGUAUGAAGAACAUCUCAGAACAGGUGGAACUGAAUUCAAAAUCCCACAAUCCCCUUCACCUCCCAAACCCAGAGGGAUCAGAGGAAGAAAACCACUUCCCAGAGGCAGGAAACCUGGACCUAAACCCAAGGAGAAGAUCUCCAGCUCCUCCUGCUCCUCCUGCUCCUCCACAGCUCUGAUAACUUACACUGAGUCUUUCCCUCAGACUAUGGUGAACCCUGAUGCUCCUGUUGUGGUGAAGCGGGGUCGAGGUCGACCUCCCGGAACUCGUAACAAGACCACGCUGCUGGCCGAGGCCAAACUGUUGACUCAGCAGUCCACCAAAGUCCCACAGACCCCCGGUCUUCUGAUUCCUCCUAAAGGAGGAGGAGGAGGAGGAGGAGGAGGAGGAGCCAGGCCCAGCAGCACACACAGGCCUCCUGUUCUCACAGUCAACCUGCCUCUGACCCCCGACCUCUCCCCCAUGUCCACCUCCUUCCUGCCGUUCCCGCUGAACCCCAAGGAGCUCAAACCUGAGCGGGCGGAGUCCACGGUCUCCCCCCCGGGUGUCAUCCUGUCCACUCUGCCUCCACACAUUGUGGGGGGGUCGCUGGGGGGCUUCAGCCCCAUCAAGGGCAUUUGUCCUUUAGACGUCUUCAGGAACCGCUUCAAUCUACAGAGGGCGCCAGAGAGUCCAGCGGUGACCCCACAGGACCCGGCUCUGCGUCGCCCCAGCAUCUACACCUCCGCUCCAGACGCCCCUCACCAGAGUGGAGAGCAGCUCCAGGCUCCGCCCUCUGGACCCCAGCAGCACGGCCGCGCCUCCGGCUUCAGUGUCGAUGAAGUCGCCCAGGUGAGUGUGGGCUGCAGGGACGCUAGGCUCCGCCCCCCGCUGCCUCCUCUCAGGGUCCUGCCUCUGAACCUGGACUGCAGCGUUCAGGUGUGUCAGUUGAUGAAGAGCCGGCGUCUGGACCCGUCGCAGCUGCAGACCUUCACUCGUCGGUUGUCGGAGGCGCUGUCGCAGGACCUCAGCCCCAAACCGCCCUGCUCGCCAAUGACUCCGCCCCCUGAGCAGGCGCUACCGCUCAACCUCAGCAAACGCUUCGUGGUGAAGAGACCCAGCACGGAGGGACUGGAGCUGUUCCCGGUGCAGAGCAACGGGAACGUGGACCUGUUGCAGCAGGCGUUUUCAAAGAGACCCAGACCAGGUGUGGAAAACUCUGGUGAUUUCCACCAGGGGGCCAAGUCAUCCAGCUCCACGGGAAGUGCCGCCGAGGAGGACGUGGAGAUGAAAAACCCGGAGGAGCCGGCGGACCUGAGCUCUCCGAGCAGGAUCAGGGCGUUUCUGCUUGGACUUCCUCCGUUCCAGGUCAAACUGGAGGAGGAUCUGAACGGGACCAGGUUUGGGAAGUUCCACCCAGCAGGGUCUGACAGUAAUGUGGAGCAACCUGAAGGAGGCGCUGCAGCAGUGAAGAAGGACGUGAUGUCAACGGAGGAGGCCGCGGAGAAGAACAAUGUGCAGCAGGCGGAGUCGGAGUACAGCAGCUCCGCCCACUGUGCUGGUCCUGGACCAGUGGCCACGCCCUCAAAGUCAAACGCUCACUGUUUUUAGUAUUUUUCCAAUGACAGGUCUGCGGUUCGGCCGCUCUGUCGGACCUUCAGACAGUCUCGUCCCGGUCUUUGGUUCUGAUUGAACAUGUGACAAUCAUCAGUGGGUUUGGUCCGGUUCGGAGAGCGGGCCGAGGAACGCCGUUCUGACCUCUGUCACUCUCCAUCAACAGUAAAAAAAUGGUAUUAGGUAAAAAAAAAAAAAAAAUGGACGAUGCUAUGCAUCAUGAUGUGGUCACAUGGUGGCGCCACUGCAUGUGCAGACUUUUAAAAUCCUCCUCUACGUCAGUAGAGAAAGGUGUAUUUUCUGAUCAAGUGUUUUAAGGUGGAGCGCGUGCUGUAAGCCGUUAGCUCCCGUUAGCUCCCGUUAGCUCAAAUGCGUUAAUGUUCACACGUACGUGCCUUAAAUCCAACACCGCGAACCGUGAGCUUCUCAGGUGUGGGUUCACCUUCAUGUGGGUGUGGUUUCCCUCCUCCUCUUUUAUUGUUUUCUAAUUAGCGCCUCUGCUGUUCUGUCUGUGUCACUGUCGCCGUAGGACGUGACAUCAUCAGCCAUCGCACCGACCAGUCUGUAGCCCAAACUUUCAGUCUACCUCAGGAUAUCUCAAUAAAAAUGGUUUUUCACCAGCAUUUCCUGUUCCCAGGGGGCGGAGCCUAUUAUCACCUGUACAGUCCCAGUGAGUCACAACGCUAACCCUAAACCAAUGAAACGACGCGACCGCAGCAGGACUGGAGAUGAUUGGCUGGUAUUGGUGUAAAAAUGGUUUUCAGUAAAGUGAACUCUUCUUCUCAUUGGUCGCUCCACCUUCCCUUCUUACAGUGCCAACAUAAGCCCCGCCCCCUGUGUAUCGCCACAAACACCUCACACGACUGUAAAAAACUUCCGUUUUUUCUCCUCUGCUGCAGCAGACGACGGUUGACGUUUGCACACCUACUGUAGCUGUUAGCUUGGACGCUCACUCCAUCGUGUUAUUUAUGUCCGCCAUGUCAACGUUCUUUGUUUUUGUUUUUUAAUGUGGAAUUGACCCACGACACCGAACGUCACUGGUGCUGUUUGUUCCUCGUUAUCAAAGCUGUCGUCGUGAUUCUGUCGA